AUGAAUAUACGCUGUUGGAGUUCGUGGGGGUUCCCUUUUUUCGUACCUCGACAUCCAACUCCUUUUGCAAAAGCUAACCUUGCCGAGGCCAUUAAUUGUGGAACUCCUGCCUGUCGUUCUCGCCUCUCUUUUCCUUUCUUUCCUUUCUCUUUUUCCUUUCUUUUCUUUUUUGCCCUGGUAAAUGGUGCCACAUAUCUAUCUAUCUAUCUAUCUAAAAUAAAUCAUCUUUUCUUUCUAUCUUUACCGUUACCUCAUCAUUUUUCUGUUAACUCUCUCGACCCCCAACUCUCAUACAAUUCCAUAAUAUCUUUUUCUCCUUCUCUUUUUAUACUUUUCCUCAUCUUAUCUACUUUCCAUUUUCUUUUCAAUACCGUUAUUUCCUCAUCCCCCUCCUCUCACACCUCCUCCUCCUCUCACACCUCCUCUUCCUCUCACACCUCCUCCUCCUUCCACGCCUCCUCCUCCCCUACUCCCACGCCUCCUCUUCCCCACUCCUCCUCCUCCUAUCUUUACAUCCACUUUUUUUACGACUUUUCCGCUUGUCAUGCUUUCCAUAAUAACAACUACACGGACGUUAUUAAUCUUGACACAAUUAAUACACUUAAAAUAUCUAUCUAUCUAUCUAUCUAUCUAUCUAUCUAUCUAUCUAUCUAUUGA